AUGAAUGUCAACUUGGACGAUCUCUUUGACACGGGGUCACGGGGGCGUCAGAACCAAACUGGCGGUUACGUGCCACCACCACCACCCAGUGACCCACCUCCCCCCCCGGUGAUGCAGCAGCACGACCCGUUCGGCGUGAACACUUUGCUACCCUCUGCGCCCCCGCCGCCUUUCGAGAGUGUGGCCUCCGCUCCUCCUUCUUUCACCUGUCACGGUGCAACCCAGCAACACCGGCAUGUACAGGGUUAUGCACCUGGCAUAUAUCAGGCUACGGCUGCUAACCCCACUAUCCCGGUUACGUCGACUCUAGGGGGAGCGGCAUAUUCUCCACCACCGCUUCAGGUGCAGCCACCACCAGCUCCACUUCCCCCGCAAGUGGCGCCUUACUCUUCGCCGCCAAUCACUGCACCUCACGGUUCUAUAGUCCCAGAAGCGCUUGCUUUUUCUGCCGUUGUGCCCCACACGGCGAAUGCUUUGCAGGCGCAGAUCCCUGUUGUCGCAGGAACAGGUGCUGUAGGACCUGCUGUGUCCGCGAAUGACCUCGCAUUGGCUCAAGAGGAGGAGGAUCGGAAACAAUUGGAGAAGAUUAUUAAACUCCGCAAGGAGAUUGAGAAAGAACGUGAGAAAGAACGAAGGAAACGGGAAGAACUGGAAACCUGGGGUUGCCCAAAGUGUACCUAUCGGAAUCCGUUGACCGUAAACACUUGCGAAAUGUGCGAGGCUGGCCGGCCGGGAUGCAACCUUCCCGUUAACGCGGGUCCUCCGAGUGGAAACCACGGUGCACCAGCGCCGCAUAGGCACAACAAUGUUCCUUUGGCAGCUUCAGUUGCUGGACCUACUGCGUGGCUUUGCAGUAUGUGUUUCGCACCUAAUGAGGCGCACCACACGAACUGCAAAGUAUGUCACAGUUAUCAGAAAAAUGGCACACCUGUUACCACUGCAUCGAUAGUUGGUGGGCCAACUGCUUCCUCCCACGUGGUUGCCAAUGCUUGGCUCUGCGGUAUCUGCGGAAAAAAUAACAAAGUCACAAACCCACGUUGUGAGAAAUGCCAGAGUUAUCAAAGCAACGGAACGCCCAUCGUUGACAAAUCAAGCACUCAACUGCGCACUGAUGUGGGCACCGCGGGGGAUCUCACGUGGGUGUGCUCCGCUUGCACUCUGGAGAACCCUGUCAGUGAGGCAUUGUGUACUGCGUGUCAGAGCGGGCAACGGCCCCGCCACCUGGCGCCAUCCAAAAAGGACCACAACGAAGAGCAGAACUUGGGCUCGCCCAAGUGGUGGAGCUGCCCCUCCUGUACAUACCAAAACACAUGGGCGCUCGAGGCAUGUGAGAUGUGCUCCGCGAAGCAACCCGCGCAUAUGCGAGCCGCACAAGUGGGUGGAGGUGGGUUGAAGCAGGAGGAGGUUGUUGAAGCGGUGCAGUGGCAGAGUGACGAUGCCGCAAAAGAAUGCAACAGGUGCCAGCAACCGUUCACAUUCAAGCGCCGUAGACACCACUGCCGCGCGUGUGGGUAUGUAUUCUGUGCCACCUGUUCACCGUUCCAGUUGCCGCUAAGGGGUGACGUGCCGGAGCGUGUGUGUGUCACUUGCUUCGAGGCUCGUAAGUAG